GCGUUCUAUUUUUAAACAAUUUAAUUUUUAAUAAUACAAUUAUUUAGUUACUUCUUUUAUCAUAUUAGGUACUUGGUAUUUGUAUUACUGCUCGUAUUUGACCUCAUUAUUCGUGCGUUAUUUAUUUUUCUUUCAUUGCAAGUUGGUAUUUUAGGACAUGUUUUGGCUCGGGCGGAGUUCAUUCGUUCUUUAUUGUAAUUUCUAACGCGUCUUACGUUAUUAUCGUUAAAUACACAUUAUUAUUAUCAAUAUUACUUCACGAUACUGUUAUUUAAUCUGCAUUUCUAAAUCGAAAUGUUUAAAAAUAGAAUCCUCAGUGUUGUUUGAAAUAUAACGUUUCUUAGUGAAUAAUAGUUUUUAACUUGCAUAUAUUAUUCGAAGGAUAACUAAACUGUAGUUUUUGGAAAACGAAGGCUAUUUGAAUGUGAACAAAAUUGAAAUUCGCAGUGCGCUUUGUGUGGAAAUUUAAUAAGAUUUUAUAUUAUUAUAAUAAUUGGACGGUAAAUGAUUUUCACAUAAAAACUUGGUGUUUUUAAGGUCGCCAACAAAUGGGUAAAGAGGUGCAAAAGAGGUGGCGGUCAAUACGCGACUCGUACACGAAAGCGUACAGGCAAGGCAAGUGUCCGCCGCCGGAACACUGUGCGCCGGGCAGCCGCCGCUAUCAGUACCACAGGCAGAUGUCCUUCCUGCUGCGCGCGCUAAAGAACAAAAAACCACGCUACUCCCAAGACAAAUAUGAGUCAUUUUCGGAGAUCUCAAAUUCGCCUCAACACCCGGCACCAGAAGAAAUGCCGCGAAUCAAGCACGAGGCCAUAGACAAACCGCUCGAUUUAAAAACAAAACCGGACCCGCCGGAACGGCCAGAGACAACAGACAAGUGCAACCAGACCAUAGACACGGAGAAGAAGCUGGAAAUCAAGAUCGACGCUAACAGCAUCCUGCCAGAUGAUAAUUUUAAUGACGACAAAAUGUUCAUGAAUUCUCUAUUGCCACUAUUUAAAAAAAUGGAUGAUGACACCCGGUUGUUGUGUCGUAUUGAAGUGUUGAAGAUAAUAAGAUACGCGUUGCAGGGGAACAAAUGUUUUGAAGCGUUGAAAAUGGCGGAAGACAGCUUUUUCAAGAAUCGUAUUAGUGGGAUACUGUCGAAGGAGGAAGUGAUAAAUAAAACAGAGUCGACGUUGUCUAUGACAACGCGCUCGGCGGAUGGCAGCCGACCGGUUAGAAAACGGCGGCUACGUUCACCAUCACCUCUUCCAAUGCCGCCGAAACGUAGAGGCCCCGGACGUCCAAGAAAAAUCCGUCCACCGCCUUCCGACUCUGAGGAAGAUCGUCCCAAGAAACAGAAGAGCUUCCCAAAGCUAAAAGUUUCACCAAUUGAAGUCAAUCUCACGCCCGAGGAAGAUUCCUUGAGCAAAGCUACAAGUGUUGCUCAAUUGUCUACUCCGUUGUUUAUGAAGAUGUAUAAUUUGGAGCGCUCCAAGCCAGCAACUAACAUGCAAGUGUCAGUCAAAACUGAGCCAAUCGACUAUCCCGAGGCAAACUAUCUAAUUUAAAUUAUUUAUCUGUGCACACAUUUAGAAAAUAAACAUUGUCUAUGUCAACUUCUAUGUAUUUAUGGUUAAUUCUAUAUUAUUUAUGAUUGGUUAGAAAUAAUUGUCUAUGUCAUGUCAUAUUAUAUUUUAUAUGUUUUUUCCUUCUUGUAGAAGAAUUAUUUUUUGUUGCUGUUUUAAUUUUAUAGUUACACAUUUUAAAUGUCGUGUUGAAUUCAAAAUUAUAUGUUGAUGUGUAGAAAAAAUAUGUGUUGUAGUAAAAUCAUGAUAAGUGUUUCGCGCAAAAAUUAGAAUUUAAAAUGGCGGCCGUUAACGGUGUAUAAAAAAGCGGGAAAAUUGCAAGAAUAUUAAGAAUGUAGCCGCAUUUUUUAAUUCUAAUUUCUUUUAGUAGUGACAAUUCUAUGCAUAUUUAUAAUUAAUACGGGUCUAUCAAAUGUAUAAGGAACGAAUUUAUCAAAUAUUCAAUAAAAUAUCUAUUAUAAAUAAAUUAUGUCUUGUGUAUGUAGCCACUUUUUAUUGUCUUGACAAUUAAUUUACGUGUUUAUGAGUGCUCCUCUUUAGUUUAUUAGUUACAGGAUGAUUGUGAUAUUUUUUUAGGUUAUUCUAGGUAUUAUUUAUAAUUUUAAAUGCUUGUAAAAUCUAUGUGUAAACGAAUAUUUGGUGUUGUGUGAUUCAUUAACUAUUAAAUAGUAAAACUGUUGUCUAAACAAAAAGCAUUUCUAGUUUAACUAAGUUUAAGUUAGUUAGGAAUUAAUAAAUAAAAAUAUAAUGUAGAAAAAAGUACAGCGAGGGAAAUGGAAGUAUUUUUGGCGGUUUUACAGUAUUUGAUAUAUUUCGUAGAAAAUAUUUAAAUAGAGACCAAUACGGCGGACCUAAACGGUAAAAAUUAUAAUAUAAAAGAUUUUUACAUGAAAAUUCGAGUUUUUGAAAAUGGGAAAUGUGAUCUCUUGGUGUGAAGCUGUACUUUAUAUCUGAAAUAUUGAUGUUUUUACGAUACAGUACAUUCCAAAAUGUAAGAAAUUUUAUCUGUCUUACAAGUAUGUUAUAUGUAAAUGAAUGUGAUUUUAUUAAAUAAACGAAUAAAAUGAAA